GUGUGUACUACGCCACCAGCAACACCCACACACAAAAGAUGCGAAUUGUUUUCUCCACCCGCAACGCACAGAAUCACGCAACACCACCGUCAAGGUGUGGGAGAUAUUCGGUGAUUCGGGACUCUGAUGCCAGUCUCUAUCGUGCUCUCAUUCGCCAUUGUACGGGCUCGUAUUAUCUCUCGGAAACAUCUCAAAAUUCAUUGUUGAUUUUUCAUAAUUAGAGCUUCUUGAAUUAAUUCAAUUAAAACAACACACAAUUGGUGCUGAUAUUUUUUAUUGUGGCUUGUUUUGAUCAGAAACAUAAAGAUCGAGAAUGAACUGGAAACGUCGUUUUAGUUCGGCUAGUGUCCACGAGUUCUUGUCGCCACAUCCGGUGCGCAUCCGGACUUGGUCAGAUUCCGUUGCGGAAGUGGCCACCGCCGAAGAAAUGGCAGAGCGGGACUCGGAGCUGGCCGAAGCCCACCGACGCCGCAGUUCGAACGCUAGUAGCACUGGCGUCGGGGGUAGCACGGAAAAUCAUCAGCAUCAGUACGUGACCGGUUUUUUGGCUUCUCAAACUUUGGAUCUUUUUCUCGCCGUCCCUCACAUUCAGCCGGCCAUCACCAACACCACCGCCGUAAGAUAUGACGACUUGAGUCGAUCCUUGCUGUCGGAAAACGAUGACGUGAAAUCGGACAACGUCCAUUGCAACAAACUCAGCCGAAGUAGUUCACUGCGUCGUUCCAGCGAUUUGAAUUCGUCUGCGUCCUCUACUGUCUCACCGAAACCUUGGCGUCGUUUUUCAGAGAGAUUCAGUGGUGCCACCUUGAGCGCUGCUAUGGCGUCUGCUACCAAAUUGAGAAGGAACACGGUUGUGGCAGUGUCAACCGGCAAGCUGGAUCAAGUAGCUUUGUCCGUCGACGCUCGUACUAGUACUGCACAGUCCGAGGAUCCAAUGACGAUAGUUGAACCAGCACUUAUUACUAGUCCUAGUAACAAGGAAAACAAUCAGACUUUAUCGUCGACCGAAUCGCAGCAGAAAAAUCACCAACUGAAAAAGUUCAGUCAGAGCACUCCAGCUUUGCCGCAACUCCACUAUGAUCUCCAAGAUCUCGGUCGAUCCAAAUCGAAACAGAAAAAGUUCCUUCGUCACUUUCCUUACGUGCCCAGAGAUGAACGCGUCCUCAACCAUUAUUCAUGUGCCUUGGUUGGUGACAUCUUCUUGCAAGGAAACUUGUAUGUUACAUACAAUUACUUUGCAUUUCACUCGAAUGUCUUUGGCUAUGUCAGGAAGAUACUUAUUCCCAUGGCUGAUGUUCGCAAAAUAACCAAGGAAAAAACAGCCAAAUUCUUUCCAAAUGCCAUAGCCAUCACCACAGCUACGGAAAAGCACCUUUUCAGUUCUCUCAUGUCUAGAGAUGUUGCCUACAGGUUAGCAUUGAGUGUCUGGAAGAAAUUCCACUUUCCCAAUCGCAUGGGAGACUGCUUAGAUGGAGAAAGGGAACAUGAGGGUUCAUCACAAAAUGGAGAACAUUCAAGCAAUGAAUCUUCACAGAAUUCAGUUGAAGGUUUAAUAAUUAGUCCUGAAAUCGGCAGCGUUCAAAUAACUACUGCCACGGAAGCAACCUCGUCGGAUCCGGAUGAAAAUGAUUCGGCUCUCGAGCGUUCGUAUUCUCCUACACCUGAACGUGAAGAGGCAAAAGACGAAAGACUUUCUCUUGGACUGUCUUCAUCCAUUGCCAAAUCGAGGAAAAGUCUAAUGAAUUUCUUUUCUUCUCGUACGUCUCUGGUCAACGAAGAAGAUGGAGACGAUGACGAUGUAGUAUCAGAUGAUCUCGGCGAAACGUUUGACAACCGUUCAUCAAAAUUGCAUAACAACCCUUUUGAGCUAACCUGGGGUUCCAGUGGCAUAUACCUACUUCUAGUCAUCUUGUGCCUGUCAGCGGGCGUACUGUGGUAUCGAAUAUUUCUGCUGCAUUCUCAUCUUGAACUGAGAUUGUCGCCAGAAGCGGUUGGGGACACGUCUCCUGUCAACUCUCUGUACUCUCCUCAGAUGCAAGAAAUAGUCGACAAUUUGCAUCUGUUACUAACGUCUCGUUCGACCAACGAGCAAAGGGAGAGAUCGACCGUGGCUUGAAAAUAGCGCUUUUCUGAGCUACUUCAAUCAAUGGCAAAUAUGAGGCAUAUUUAACCCUCCACUUAAAUUUUCCUUUUCAAUCGACACGCGGUGAAUUUACCCAAGGAAUAAUCCCUACACACCAAAAACACCUCUACGUUUCUCUCGAAUCGCAUCGACAUUUUUCUUUUUCUUCCUUAUUUCUGUUUCAAGGAACCCAACCGAAAAUAUUCAAAAGUCUCUCGAAUUGUUAUUCACGUCACAUCUCUAAAGCGAUAGCUAUAAUUUCGUGUUUUUACUAUUUAAUUAUUUCAUAAGAAGAGUCUAUUAUUGUACAUCAAUUGGAGGAUGCCAUGUUUGUUUUUUUAUUAUUUGUGUUACUUUAGAACUCUUCGGAUGAUUAAUGACAUAGUCACCCAUUAUUGACAUAUCCGACAUUCCGAGUGAUUUCUUUUCUCUAUCGUCUAUAGUUCUAGUCCAGACUGUAGUCGGCAGAUGAUAAUCGACUGUGAAAAAUUGUAAUUUGUUGCGAGCAACAUCAUCACCUGCCUUAUAAUUAUGCCUCAGAUUUAAAAUACGACUUGUUUUUUGGUUGUUUCCAUAGCAAACAUAAAUUAAUCCGAGUUUGUUUUCUCUUAAUACCCCUUAUAUAUAUAUAUAUAAGCUUAGAUGGAUACUUAUUGUGUUUUUUUUUUGUUUCCUUUUGGCAACGCAAAGAAAUACAGGAAACAGGAUGUGGAAUGCA